AUGGAUUCACACCGCUCUGCCACCCUGUUUGGCGUGUCCAUUAAACACCUUGCCUUGCUCACUCUGACGUUCCAGAAUUCCGCCUUGAUCUUGAUUAUGCACUACUCUCGAAUCAUGCCUACGGUUGACGGCCAUCGCUACUAUACCUCGACCGCCGUCUUUCUCAACGAAGUCAUCAAGCUCUCAAUCUCGCUCACCAUGGCCCUCUACGAUCUUUCACGAGACAUUCCGUCUUCCUCCUCUGCAACCGCACUCUUCACCGAACUAGUACGGCACGUCUUCACCGGCGAUAGCUGGCGGCUGGCCUUGCCGGCCAUGCUCUAUACUCUCCAAAACUCUUUGCAAUAUGUUGCCGUGAGCAACCUGGAUGCUGCGACUUUCCAAGUCACAUAUCAAUUGAAGAUUUUGACUACCGCAAUCUUCAGCGUCACUAUGCUUGGGCACACUCUCGGCUUGCGCAAGUGGUCUUCCCUGCUGUUGCUCAUGGCAGGCGUGGCUAUUGUGCAGAUUCCCGCUAGUUCCGGCCCGGCCAUGCCUACUUUGAGGGAUCUGAGAGAAGCCAACGCAGGCCUUCAUUUUCCUCGCACGCUUCAAGAGAUGCGAGAUAUGGGAAGCAGCGCUGCAGGACAGCUGGUCAAGAGAUCUGCCACGUAUGAAGGCAUCGACAAAGACUUUGCGAUCCAACACCCCCAGCUCAACGCUUCCAUCGGUCUGGCCGCCGUAUUGGCAGCAUGCGUACUGUCUGGUCUCGCUGGCGUGUAUUUCGAAAAAGUUCUAAAAGAUGGUAACAGCAAGACUUCGCUCUGGGUCCGGAAUGUGCAACUAUCUUUCUACUCGCUGUUCCCAUCCCUCUUCAUAGGAGUCAUCUUCAAUGAUGGUGCGGACAUUGCGAAAUAUGGCUUCUUCUCGGGGUACAAUUGGGUGGUCUGGAGCGCCGUCUUCCUACAGGCCGUCGGUGGUGUGCUCGUGGCUUUGGUUGUGAACUACUCCGACAAUAUCGCGAAGAAUUUCGCUACGAGCAUGAGCAUCGUUAUCAGCUUCCUAGCAAGUGUGUGGUUCUUUCAUUUUAAGAUUACCACCAGUUAUCUACUUGGAACUGCAACCGUUCUCCUAGCCACAUACCUGUGGACCAGCGAUAAUGGACCUCGUCCAUUGAAGAUUGUGGUUCACGAUUACGAGAAGACCACUAUUGGGCACCAACGCCCAUAUAGCGAUAGCAGAGGCGCGCCAAACACAGGGUCAAGGUCAAGCUUUAAGGAGGCUCUGACCACUAGCAGGCCAAGCACGCCGGUCAACUUCGAACGUCGUGGGUGGUCACACACGAUCCAUCCGCUCACUAUGUAUGCCGAUGGUUCAUACAACCAAUAUGCGCCGUACGAGCAAUGUGCAGAGGACAUCGUAGAUGACUACAUUCGUGUUGCAAGCUACGAAACCGAUCAAAGUAACUAUGCACGCCCACAUCGGCCAACCUCGACAUCACGCCAGAGUCAGGCUGCCGUUGGCAGGGCUCGACUGUCCUUACCACCGUCCGCGACUGCGCCUAUCGAGAGUCAUGACUACCAGACGUACGAAUAUGUGCCCUCGAUCCCUCAGGAACACCCAAGAGGCUACGUCGAAACUCAGGAAACGAGAAUUUCAAUCCGACCGACAGGUCUCUUCGCUCCUCCCGAUCCACCAUCAUGUCAUCACGUUUUCCAGCAACAGGCGAGUAGCUCAUCGCCCAUGAUCGCUCUGCCGUCAACUCCAGCGUACCAAGCCAGCCAAAGGCAGCAAAAUCCCGAGCCUAUGAUACCAACUCGGCCAUACCCUACAUCACAGCAAAAAAGGCCUAUUACGACGGAAAGUCCUCCCAUCGUCCAAGGAAUCCGGCUCGUCCCGGUGCAUACCCUUCCAGAUCGCUUCCAGACCGUCUUUCCGUUUGCUAUGUUCAAUGCGGUCCAAUCCGCCUGCUUCGAAAGCAUAUACGAGUCCCACGACAAUUGUGUCUUCUCAUCUCCUACAGGCAGUGGCAAGACUGUGCUCUUCGAGAUUGCAAUCUGUCGUAUGCUUCGGGGUUGGCAGAAUGGUACUUUCAAGAUCGUCUAUAUGGCUCCGACAAAGUCUCUCUGCUCGGAAAGAGCUCAUGACUGGAAGGCUAAGUUUGAGCCUUUGGGUCUGAAGUGCGAAGAGAUGACUGGCGAUUCGGACAUAACCUCGCUUCAGCACGUUCAGCGAGCCGACAUUAUUGUGACCACACCAGAAAAAUGGGACUCGAUGACGAGAAAAUGGAAGGACCACGAAAGAUUGGUCCGCCUCAUCAAACUGCUUUUGAUCGAUGAAGUCCACAUUCUCAACAAGGACCGCGGCGCUACACUUGAGGUUGUUGUUUCGAGGAUGAAAUCUAUCGGUUCUGGGACCAGAUUCAUUGCCCUCAGUGCAACAGUACCCAACUCACAAGAUAUAGCUACAUGGCUUGGGCGCAACGACGAUCUUCCUGACGUCCCAGCUACCCACAAGAAGUUUGGCCAAGAGUUCCGACCUGUCGAGCUCAAACGUUAUGUAUGUGGCUAUCAAUCGAGCCUAAACGCGUUCGCAUUCGACGCUAUGUUGAACAGAAAACUUCCGGAGAUUAUCACCAAGUACUCUCAGAGAAAGCCAAUCAUGAUAUUCUGCUUCACAAGAAAAUCAUGUUCAGAGACAGCGAAAGCUCUCGCCGAGUGGUGGAAGACCAGUACACCGAAAGACAGAUAUUGGGACGCGCCCACAAGCCAUAUUUCGGUGGAGGACAGGGGUUUGCAAAGCACUGUCACUGCUGGAGUCGCUGUCCAUCAUGCCGGUCUUGAUCAACAAGACCGUUCUGCAGUAGAAAGAGCUUAUCUUGUUGGUGAUCUAAGCGUAAUCUGCUGUACAUCGACACUCGCAGUAGGUGUGAACCUUCCUUGUCACAUGGUCAUCAUCAAAAAUACCGUCAGCUAUGAGGCUGGAGGCCUCAAAGAAUACUCGGAUCUCGAGAUUAUGCAAAUGAUUGGAAGGGCCGGUAGACCGCAGUUUGAUACGUCAGCUCUUGCUACAAUCAUGACAAAGAUGCAGCAGGUCAAGCACUACGAGCAGCUACUUGAUGGACAAGAACGCUUGGAGAGCUGCCUGCAUCUUAAUCUUGUCGAGCACCUCAAUGCAGAGAUCGGAUUGGCCAUGGUUCCGGAUCUCUACGCAGCAAAGAAGUGGCUCGCUGGCACUUUCCUUAAAGUGCGACUCGAAGACAACCCGGCCCACUACCAGAUCGACGGAGACACCCCAGGUCGAGAUCUCGGAGCCAGACUGGAGCAGAUUUGCGAAAAAGCUGUUUCUGAGCUCAGAAGACUCGGGUUAAUCGAGCACGGCGCAUUGUUCAAGUCUACGGAGUAUGGAGACGCCAUGGCACGCUACUAUAUGAAUAUCGCGACUAUGGAGUCAAUCUUGAAUCUACCACGGAAGCCCAAGAUGUCAGACAUACUGACUGUCAUAUCGCAAAGCCACGAGUUUAGAGAAAUUCGCUUCCGUUCCGGCGAAAAACAAGUCUACAAGGAACUUAACGGGAUGAACGACAUUCGCUAUUCCUUCAGGAUCGAUCUCUCUGCUGCCGCACACAAAGUGUCCCUGAUUAUACAAGCUGUGCUCGGUGGAGUCAACCAUAUUGCCGAACAAACAACUCAUCGCUUUCAGUACAGCAUCGACCAAUCCUUGAUCUUCCACCACGUUUAUCGAUUGAUUCGAUGCAUAGUAGAUUGCCAGAACAUAAACAAAGAUGCAGUCGGCAUACGUAACUCUCUCAUGUUAUCACGCAGUCUGGCUGCGCGCGUAUGGGAUGAUUCACCAAUGGUACUGCAACAGAUCGAGCAGAUUGGCCCAGUGGCCGUGAGAAAGCUGAUCAACGCCGGAAUCACCAGCAUAGACGAACUGUCAAGUACAGAUCCGGGGAGAGUGGAACUGGUCCUCAACAAAGCUUCGCCCUAUGGCAUGACAAUGCAUCGUCGAGUUCAGACAUUCCCCAGGUUGAGGGUCGGUUUGCAGAUCGUUGGACAGCCUACGAUCAAGCCUCAGGAGCAUGUCGCUGUCAAAGUCAAGAUUGACUUUGGCUUCUUGAAUAACACGACUCCUGUUGAAUAUCGAAACAAGCGGGUCUUUGUGAUCGUUCUGCUUGGCACAUCAGACGGACGCAGACUUCAGUAUAUCAACCCGAUAACUGAAACUACAUACCUGACGAGCUCUAGUCAACUGAUUGAGUGUUAUGUCAUGUGUGAUGACCUAGCCGGAACCAUGCAGGAAGCUGUACUCAAGCCCGAUUUACCAGUGUCGGCAUUUCAAUCCAUCAAUGAUAUGACGGUUGAUGCCGGCAGAAACAAAUCGACUGCUCGACCCACAAGUGCUGUCAAGAACAACUGGAUCGAGCCGCCGAAGAAUGCUGACGCUGAUGUUUGGGAUGAUGGAGGAGUAAACGACGAUGACUUCUUCGUCGCUGAAUCCAAAGAGGACGACUUCAUGGAUGUCGACGCACUCAAACAGCCGACCGUUGGUCUAUCAAAGACCGGACAGUCAAGAAAGAUCAGCGUUGCCGAUACUGUCGAGACAGCAGGCGAACGGAGACUAGAAAACGGCAACUACGCGUGUCAUCACCGUUGCAAGGAUAAAAGUGCCUGCAAGCAUCCAUGCUGUAAGGGGGGAAUGGAGAGGAAACCGAAACCAAGGUCAAAGAAGACCAAAGACAGCGAACCACCUGCUGCUAGCAAGAGUACGACGUCCUCCGCACUAUGGACCAAGAUCCAAUCCAAAUUGGAGCUCCCGAUAAGAAGGAAAGCAGUUAGUGGGCCUGUGGAGCACCUUGAUCUGUCCCAGGCAGCA